GCUGAACGGCACGCUGGACCCGACCUCCCGCCGCCAUGCCGCAGGCCCCUCUCCGACAGCAGGCUUGGGCGCGCCGUGGAGGGCAACGGCCUGCGAUUUGUGGGUCAGGAUCUACUUAGUUUUCCCAUGGCGGACGUCGUUGACAUGCAGGCAGACAUCAAGCACCUCACGCUGUCCCAGCUGCUGUACAUCAGGUGCUCGAACUUGGGCUUCGCGGCCACCACGCAAUCCGUGCGGGCGCAGGGCGACUUCCUGGACAAGGUGGACGCACAGCUGGACAUCCGGCUCGCCGCUAGGCUGGCUGGGGGCAGAAGGGAGUUCACCGUGGAGCCGAGCAAGGUCCAAGAGGUCGAGGGAGCUGGUCCUGACAGCCUGUGGUUGUUCCGCGCAGGCGCCCUCGAGGGACUUCUGCGGCUGCAGGAGUGCCAGCUCGAGCCGCUCGGGCAGUCCCGGGGCGUGUUCUGCCACAGGAGCUUGGCGCGCAACCCCGCGGGGGCGCCGAGGAUGCGGCGGCAGCUGCACUGGGAGGAGGCGACCAAGAUCGUCAUGGCGAAGCCGCCCAUCGAGGGCAAGGAGGUCAUGAAGGAGGUUGCGAUGUUCAAGGCCCGCCUGAAUGUGGCGGCCAAGAUCUUCAUGGACAACCCAUCGAGGUCGAAACAGGUCACGAGCCUCCACGAAGUUGCGCUGCUGGGCAGCGAAGGUGGCGGAAAGAGCGAGGAGUGGGAGGAGUACCUGCUGCGCCUAGGACGGGGGGGCCGGCUGCAACGUGGUCCCAGCCGCGAGCUGCCCGCGCGGUGCGGGCGCUGGUGCAAUCAGUCCUGGGGAGCGGCGCGCCAGCUCCUCGCCACGCACCACGGCGAGCACCUGGGCACGCCGUUGGGGCUGCAGCAGCAGGAGGCGCUGAAGCUGGAUGGAGGCGGAAAUGUGCGACUGGCCGCCCUCCAGCUGCUCAAGUACGACGUGGACCACCUCCUCGUGGUCGCAGCGGCUGGGUGGCUUGUCGCCAACCUGGAGGUGGAGGAGCGCAGGUCCCAGCCCCCGCAGGAGCUGCUGCGUGUGCUGCAGGAGCGGCUCGCGGCCGCCAAGACGGACUAG